AUGAGGCUAACUGGAACGCUCUGCCUAGCGCUGGUGGCGCUGGUGGCGAUCGCGUCGGCCAGCCCGCUGGACGAACAGGCACGGGCGGCACUGUUCCGCCGCAUGCGGCUCGGCGGUCCCAAAGGUCAGUUGUCUUCAGGGUUCGCUUCCUCCUCUUCUCGUGCUUCUCGUAGCCGACGGUAUGCGCUUCAUCUGCUUGCUUCCCCGUACGCCCCAAGCCCAUUUCAUAACCCAACUCAGCAGCUCGAUCACCUCGAACGCCGUCCCGCUCAUCUUCCCUCCCAAACCGCAUCCAAACCAUCACCACCCGACGGUUCGCAAAGACGACAUUUCGAUGCAAAUCACAUUUCUUCACACUAUCAUCAUCAUCAUCAUCAUCAUCACCAUCAUCAUCUUUCUCAUGAUCAUGCGCAGAGCGAUCUGCGCAGCGUUCAUCACGUUCAUAGUCCUAGCGAGCGGUUAAAUAACGCCCGCACGCCCGCUCACGCUAGAAACAAUAGAAACACCGUACCGUUCGUACCGCCGCCGACACCCGUAUCGACCAUCACUCUCGAUGGCGGUGGGCUGGCUGGUGACGAUCGACGCUUGCUUUUAGACGCCGCGAUUGCCCGCGUAGCCCAGGCGCACGACCGGCAGCUGCGGCAGUACGCGCAGCUCAGCAACUUUAGCACGUUCAGCGACUACUUCCUGGCGCAGCUGCGCCAGCAAAACCUGGCGGUGGCGUACGCGUUCGACGAGCGGCGCCCGACCGCACCCGUGACCUCCGAGGUGCCGUACUACGACGAGGUGGACGAUAUCGGUGACCGGCGUCGGGCGGAAACGCUUGCACUAAACACGCGCACUGUCACUACCAUUGCACCGCCCAUUACUACUAGCACGCUUAGCACUACUACUAGCACUGAUAGUGAUAUCACGACCAGCAGCACUACUACUACCACUACCACUACUACUACUACUACUAGCAUAAACGGCACCACCGGUGGCCACUUGCCUGCGAAAGUUUGGGGUGAAGUCUACAAGCACGAGGACCAGAGCCGUCCGGGCGUGCCGGUCGCGGACAGUCUCGACAAGGUGCCCGCGGCCGAGGACCGCAAACAGGGCAAGGAGCUGGCCGAGGAGGAGACGACUACGGCGGCGGCCGCUGCUGCUGCAGCUAGCUCCACUCCCGUCCCGGCGAAGGGAGGUCUGAACAGGCUGUUCGCUCGCAAGAAGUACAGUCCACUGUUGCGCGACGGCUCGAAGGGAGCGCAGUCCACGACGGAGGCUGCUGGUACGGUGUCCCCGGCUGCCGCCGCCAGUACGACGGAAAGCGAGGACGGUGUCACUUCCUCCGGGACGACGCGACGGACGCGCCCGACGCGCCCAGGCAAGUUGCCGCGGUCGACCUCGCCCAAGCCGACGGUUUCGGUGAAACCGACCAAGAUUUCGUCCCGCUUCUCGAAGCCCACGGUCGAGCCGACGGAAAGCACGGUAGCGCCGGUGACGUCCCGGACGACACGCGGCCGCCGUACCCGCCCAUCGAAACCGUCGAAGGUGUCCGGCACGACGACGACAACGACCACGACGGAGGAGCCAACUACCACGACCACCACCACGACGACAACAACCACCACAACCACGACGACGACUACACCGGCACCAACGACGACAACGACGACGACGACGAGCACUACAGCCGCUCCCAGCACAACUGCCGCCUCCUCUGACGUCUCCCUGGCAACGGGGAGCGUACCGCUCGCUGCUAAGGUGGGAGCAGAGCAAGCGGACGAGGAAAGCUCACCCAGCUCAACGGCUGCCCCUGCCAGCACGAGCACGGUCAAACCUUCGUCCACCACGGUGGCAACGGUCGCCACCUCCUCCAUGACAGCCGAGAGCGAUGCAGCCGGGCAGGAGGCGGACGCACCCGCUGCCCCGGCCAAGAGUGCCCCGAAACCGGAACGUGUCAUCCCGGUGGUCGAGCGGCAGGACGAGCUGCCCGAGAACGAGAGCUUGCUACAGUCGGCCAGCUACGAUUCGUCCGCCGAGCAGGAUGAGCAGCAGUAGGCGCGUAGUGCACGGGACAGCGGAGCGUGCGUUUGUGUGUGUGUAUGUGUGAUAAGGAUGUGAGAGUAUAGCGUUGACAUUUACUUGACUAUACGCAGCGGUGUAUACCACUACUAUUUGCGCCCUUACUCCCCAUUUGCCCGACGAAUUUAUCCGGGUCGGAGGGGUGCCCUGGGGGCGACGCGAAUAGUGGCAGCCGCUUCUUCUUCGGCAGCAUUCGAUUUUGUAGCUAGCGAAUGUUGGGCGAACGAAAUAAAGAUUAGGUAAAUCCACUGUA